GUUUCGGGGUGAUGUGUUCCGUGGGCUUCAGUCAGUGCCUUUCCCAGGAUGUCAGGAAGACACAGGAGACAAGCUGAGACCCGGCACAACUGCUCAUGAACUUUCAGGCAGGAUCAAGGUCUCUCUUGUGACAAGUCGCACGUUUCGAGAGAGGAGACUGAAACUCCGGGCAGAGUGGUAAUUGGCUCUGGAGGAUGGUGACCAUCAAGGUGAUGUUGCUGGGCAACGAGCUGGUGGGAAAGACGUCGCUGAUUGUCUGCUUAACCACGGGCACCUUCCCCAGAGACAGUGUGCCAACUGUCUUUGACACGGUCAGCACCCAGGUAACAGUGGACGAGCGGAUGGUCAUCCUGAACCUGUGGGACACGGCCCCACAGGAGGAACACCGGAUCUCUAUCCGCCAGUUCUAUUACCCCCAGACCGACAUCUUCAUCAUCUGCUUCUCCAUCUGUGACCCAGGCUCCUUCGACCAUGUCUGGAAUGACUGGUACCCUGAAGUGAAGCGGCAUCGUCCCAAUGUGCCAGUGCUGCUGGUGGGCACAAAGAAGGACCUCCGGCAUGACCCGGCCACUGUCCUGAGUCUGCUCAAGCGGGAGUUGGCACCGGUCAGUUACCAGCAGGGUGCCAGUCUUGCCAGGAAGAUCAAAGCGGUGAAGUAUGUGGAGUGCUCAGCGCUGCUUUGUGAGGGGGUUGUCGAGGUGUUUGAGGAGGCUACUCGUGCAGUGCUGCACAGAAACCACAGAAAGCGGACCAAGAGCUGUGUGCUGACAUAACGGCAUUGGGCAACAUGACACAGACCCAAUGCCUUUAUCAUUUUGCGUUGCACUAAAUCCUUAACAGGUGGGAAAUCUUUAGAGAAGCCUUUGUAGCAGACGAUGGCCUGGAUCCUUCUAACCCAGGGACAUUUGUGCCACUUCUAUUGGGCUCCAGGUUGAAAUUCCCCAAGGCAGAAACAUCUGCUGCCAUUUCUCUGCUGGUGAGUCACCCCACCAAACUCCGGCAGGGAGGCUCCUGACCAGCAGUGUGAUUUCUGCCAUUGGCCGUUAACUGAUCAGACUGCAAUAGCUGUUCAAUCACAGUUCCAGCCUACAGCUCAUGCCAACUUGACUUAACCAAUUGUCUAAUUGGGAAUGGACAGCUCAAGCCCCCGACCUUGCCCAGCGGUGGAACUGGUCAAAGGUCAACGGACACAACGAGCCACUGGGUUCUCAGCAGUGAGGGACACGAAUCCUGAAACAAUGCCCAACUCACCAGGGAUAACCAAGCGUCUAGAAUUACCCUGGAGAUUCCUGAAUUAAAGAAUUAAUUAAUCUCCAGGAAACUGCUGACAGGAAGAUCCAGGGAGAAAAUUCAUUCAGACAUUGAAAAUGAUCUUUGUUUCUUAAUUAUGAAAAUAUUGGACAUGGGUGUUGUUGGGAAGUUAAGAAUUAGCCAAAUGACUGAUGAAGAUUCUUCUUAACAGCAAGAACAUACAAAUUAGGAACAGGAGUCAGCUCUUCGGCCCCUCAAGCCUGCUCCGCUACUUAAUAAGACCUUGGCUGAUCUUCUACCUCAACUCCACCUUCCUGCACUAUCUCCAAAUAUCUCAAUUCCCUUAGAUUCCAAAAAUCUAUCGAUCCCUGUCUUGAAUAUGCUCAAUGUCAGAGCAUCCACAAGCCUCUGGAGUAGAGAAUUCCAAAGAUGCAUAAACCUUUGAGUGAAGAAAUAUUUUCUCAUCCAGGUCCUAAAUAAUCGGCCCCUCAUCCUGAGACUGUGCCCCCAGGUUCUAGAUUCCCCAGCCAGGGGGAAAGAACCUCUCGGCAUCUACCCUGUUAAGCCCCUUCAGAGUUUUAUACAUUUCAAUGAAAUCGCCUCUCAUUCUUCUAAACUCUAGGCCCAGUCCUCUCAAUCUGUCCUCAUAGGACAAUACCUUCAGCCCAGGAAAUUUUCUCUAGUUGACUGUGGGAGUCCUUACAGCAUAGAAGGAGGCCAUUUGGCCCAUUGUGCCUUUUCCAACUCUUUGAAAGAGCUGUCCAAUUAGUCCCACGCCCCAGCUUUGUUCCCCAUUGGUCCAGUCAACUCCUGCUACUCUGCCCCUGCACUCCCAUCAUUGGUCGUCUGACAAGCCCAUUGUUAUGACGCUCUGUCUUCCCAGCCAAUUAGAAAACAAAAUCCUGCUUACCUGAUUGAAUGACAUUCUCAGCCAAUCAGCAGUUCUCUCCCCGGCCACAAUCUACAAUAUUUUUUUAUCAACCAAUGAAUUGAAAUGUUGAAGAAAGUUAAGAACUAUUUUGAAUGCACCCCCUCCUAAUGAUGUUUCACCUUUGUUGCUCAGAACAGUGUCCAGACAUGAUGGGCUGAAUGGUCACCCCACUGCUAUAGCAGGAGAUUAAUCUUCAACUUCUGGAGAUUCUAGGACAUCCUUGGAAAUUGGCAACUACCCAACGUCUAGUUGGAAAAGCAAACAACCAAUGGAGGCAUCAGUUUAUAAUGUUGAAGAAAUGAGGAUUAUUAUAGCAAAAUAAUUUUACCAAUCUGUCACUCAUGGGAUUGUUGAGGAUUCCACCCCUGCCCCCCCCCACCAUCCCCCGACACAACCUCAGUCAUUGACCAAUCAUGGACAUUUCCGCCAAUGCUAGUUUGGAGCAGGCAAUGGAAUGUUAGGAUUGGCUGAGACCUUCAGAGAUGAGCACUGUGAUUGGGUGGAAGCUUCCAAAAGGCUAUCAUGAUUGGUCAACAGCUAUACCUCAAAUAGAGUUUUAUGAUUGGUUGGCAGCUUGAGGUGGUGCAUUGUGAUUGGUUGAUUAGAUUAAUAGUUA